CUUCCGUCGCUCUCGGUGACCCUUGGCUUCCGCUUCCGCCCCGAGAACGACGUCCGCGCUCCGUCAGUGGCUGCUUUUGGGGCCGAGAAGGAAGGCGAGAAGGGCCCCGAAGAAGGGGAGGAAGACUCUCAUAGCGAUGGCGCUCUCCAAGAGGGAGCUGGACGAGCUGAAGCCAUGGGUGGAGAAGACGGUCAAGCGCGUCCUGGGCUUCUCGGAGCCCACCGUGGUCACCGCUGCCUUGAACUGCGUGGGGAAGGGGAUGGACAAGAAGAAAGCAGCCGAUCACCUCAAGCCUUUCCUGGAUGACUCCACUCUGCGGUUCGUCGACAAACUCUUUGAAGCGGUGGAGGAAGGCCGAAGUUCCCGACACUCCAAGUCCAACAGCGACCGGAACCGCAAGAGAGAGUUGAAGGAUGUGUUUGGCGAAGACCCUGACAUUUCAAAGGAGUCUUCGGGAGUCAAGAAGCGUCGCAUCCCUCGCUUUGAAGAAGUGGAGGAAGAGCCGGAAGUGAUCCCCGGCCCUCCAACAGAAAGCCCAGGGAUGCUGACUAAAUUGCAGAUCAAGCAAAUGAUGGAAGCAGCAACACGGCAGAUUGAGGAAAGGAAAAAACAGCUGAGUUUCAUCAGCCCGCCUGCGCCUCAGCCAAAAACUCCAACAACAACGACAACAACAACGACGCAGCCUGAGCCCCUCCCCAUCGGCAACACCAUCCAGCCCUCACAGGCGGCCACCUUCAUGAACGACGCCAUUGAAAAGGCCCGGAAGGCCGCUGAGCUCCAAGCCCGGAUUCAGGCUCAGCUGGCCUUGAAACCCGGGCUCAUUGGCAACACCAACAUGGUCGGCUUGGCCAACCUGCACGCCAUGGGGAUUGCUCCGCCGAAAGUGGAGCUGAAGGACCAGACCAAGCCAACGCCGCUGAUCCUGGAUGAGCAGGGGCGCACGGUCGAUGCCAGCGGCAAAGAGAUUGAGCUGACGCACCGCAUGCCAACCCUCAAGGCCAACAUCCGGGCCGUCAAGAGGGAGCAGUUCAAGCAGCAGCUCAAGGAGAAGCCCUCCGAGGACAUGGAGUCCAACACCUACUUCGACCCCCGUGUCUCUAUCACCCCAGCUCAGCGGCAGAAGAGGACCUUCAAGUUCCACGACAAGGGCAAGUUCGAAAAAAUCGCACAGAGGUUGCGGACGAAGGCCCAGCUGGAGAAACUCCAGGCUGAGAUCUCCCAAGCUGCCAAGAAGACAGGGAUCCACACUUCUACCAAGCUGGCUCUGAUCACGCCCAAAAAGGAGUUGAAAGAAGGAGAUAUCCCUGAGGUGGAAUGGUGGGACUCGUUCAUCAUCCCCAAUGGCAUCGACGUAAGAACGACUGAUUUCCUUCAAAGAGAGGACUAUCAUGGCAUCACGAACCUGGUGGAGCACCCGGCUCAGCUAAACCCUCCAGUGGACAGCGACACGCCGGUGACUCUGGGGGUCUAUCUAACCAAAAAGGAGCAGAAGAAACUCCGCCGCCAGACCCGCCGGGAAGCCCAGAAGGAGCUGCAGGAGAAGGUGAGGCUCGGCCUCAUGCCGCCUCCAGAACCAAAAGUACGGAUCUCAAACCUGAUGCGGGUUCUGGGGACGGAGGCUGUUCAGGACCCAACCAAAGUCGAGGCCCACGUGCGAGCGCAGAUGGCAAAGAGGCAAAAAGCUCACGAAGAGGCAAAUGCCGCAAGGAAGCUCACGGUGGAACAGAGGAAAGCGAAAAAGGUGAAAAAGCUUAAAGAAGAUAUUUCCCAGGGGGUUCAUAUAGCAGUUUAUAGAGUCCGCAAUCUAAGCAACCCAGCCAAGAAAUUCAAGAUCGAAGCCAACGCGAACCAGUUGUAUCUCACUGGAGUUGUGGUUUUGCACAAAGAUGUCAAUGUGGUCGUGGUGGAAGGAGGCCCUAAAGCACAAAAGAAAUUCAAACGGCUCAUGCUGCAUCGAAUAAAAUGGGAUGAACAGACAUCGAAUACGAAAGGAGACGGUAAGGAUGGGGGUUUUCUUGGUGCAUUGGGAAGGCAUGGGAAUUGCUCUGGCUCUCUCCAAUUGUUGAAGGCAAGGGCAGGCAAUUUGGAAAAGUUCAGUAGGUUGUCUGGACACUUAAGCCAUUAUAUGCAAAAGAGCUUCCUCCACAGCCAAGAAAGGCAACAGGAAGGAGGCGAUGUAUCGGAAAGACGAGGAGGAGGAGGUCGCGGGCUCUUGACGCACGCGAGGGUGGCGUUUGCCAAAGCUGUCACAUGCGCGAGCGGAGGAGCGGGGGGCCGGGGGGACGAGGGGGGGCGCAGUGAGAGCAGCCGGGGGGGGCGUGGCUUGAGCGUGCGCGUCGAGGCGUUGCGCCGGCGCGGUGAGAGUACGCCGGCGCUCAUGAGCAGCGUGGCGCCUCCUUCCCUCGGCGGCGUUGCUGUUGCGACAGAAGGGGAGGCAAUGGCGGCCGGAGGCGGCGGCAAGGCCUCCACCUCCUCUUCGUCCUCCUCUUCCCCUCGUCGCUCCUUUCCUCGUCGUCUUCUGUCGCGGCGGCGGCGGCGGCUGCGUGGGGUCUUUUCGCGCGUCCUCGUCGUCGCGGCCUUCGUCCUCGGCGCCCCUGGAGUCGUCUCUUAA